AUGCACGAGAACCAGGUCACUCUUGCCGCGCAGGCUGAGACGACGGACCAGAGGGUUCGGCCAGUACUGGAGCGAUGCAACGCACAGUACCGAGCCAUCAACGCCCUGUACAAGGAGCUGUGGACCCUGCCCAAGGUGCUGGAGGGCCUGGCCAGCUUCCAGCAGUCCCUACGCGCAAUCUGCGACGACAUCGACAAUCUCGAGGUGCUGCUCGCCGAACGCAACGUCGAAGUGGAGGCCCUGGAGCUCGAACGGUGGAAGAUCACCCAACAGCACAAGCUCGAGGAGUACCGCCAGAUCAAACGUGGCGAACUCCAGAGGUUGGAAAAGGAGAUGCAGGCGAAGAAGAAGCAGUUGGAGAAGGAACUGCUAAAGGGCGAGGAACGAGAGAAGAAGAAGCUCGAAGAGGAGGAGAGGAAGUACCGGGAAGCCUGCGAGGCCGCCUUCAGACACUCCAUGGAGGAGUUCAAGAAAUACGGACCACAAGCUAUACCACGCGCGCAAGUGAAGGAGUCGCUGGAGCAGAUCUCGCUGGGCGCUGUCAGCGACAGCGACCUGGAGCAGUUCCUGGGAUCGGACGACGAAGACGACGCGGAGGACCUCAUCGGUGAGGACGAGCGCUGGGGACACAAGUGGGAAGCGGACAACGAACCUGAAGACGCGGGAACGAACAGCGAAAGCGAGAAGGAGAAGGGGAGCAACGACUCUGAAGACACGGAAGAGGAAGAGGACAAGCACCAAGCGCCAAGCGAACGGCCUGCGGCGGGGGAGGAUGAUGAGCAAUCGACCCGACAGUGA